GCAACGAUCACAGCGCCCCUCGACGCCGAGGAUUUGUUGUCAUAGCAACCAUCAUGGCGGACGUCGCGAAGCUGCGGGUUCUUUGCCUACAUGGUUAUAGGCAGGAUGCCGCUGCAUUCAAGUCCAAGUUGGGAGGCUUUCGUAAAUCGACAAAGUCCUUGCUAGACCUGGUGUUUAUUGACGCUCCACACCCCAUAGAGAAUGGUGUCUACGGCGAAGUGGACAAUGAAGGUGGUGGCCGUGCCUGGUGGUUUUCAAGCGAAAAGACGUUCAGUUCAAAGGAGUACACAGACACGUGCCGUGGCUUCGAGGAAUCUGUCAAAGCCAUUGAGGAGGCAUUCAAGGAGCAGGGUCCCUUUGAUGGAAUCCUGGGCUUUAGCCAAGGGGCCGCAAUGACAGCCAUGAUUCUCUCUCUACAGAGCCUCAAAAGGAUAGAGUGCAGCUUCAAGUUUGGUGUCUUAGUGGCUGGUUUUCGGAGCCGCUCCAGUGCGCAUGACUACCUCUUCGCACAAGAGGGCGCGAUAGAUGUCCCCACACUGCAUGUUGUGGGCGAAACUGACAACAUUAUACCCAAAGCACAAGCAACAGAAAUCCUUCCAUUCUUCGUGUCCCCAAGUGUCCUCUACCAUCCAGGUGGCCAUUUCCUACCAACAAGUAGCGAAUGCAAGGCGGAAUACAACGCCUUCUUGAAGAAAAUGGCCUCUGCACAUAACGGUGUUACACUAUAAACUGCUAGUCUUGCUAAUUUCU